UUGGCCUCCAGGGGGCAGUAUGCUACAUAAACAGAAUGAAUCAGAAGACCAUCUCAACUCAAAUGCAAUAACAAUAAUUUGUCUUCACAGAGGAUAAAGAAUAUAAACCUGAACAUAUUGUUGCAUGCUUUGUCUUGACCGGUCGCCACUACUUGUCUUCAAGUAGAAGUUAGUUUUCAUGCUUAAGUGUUAUUAGCGCAGCCAAAUUUACUUGAAAAGCAAAAUAAAAUUUGAAAAAAAAAAAAAAGUAGGUCAAUCCGAGCAGCAGGUGGACAAUAUCGCGGCUCAGCGCGUUAAUCGGCCCAAUCCCGUUGGGAGCAUCUGUCUGUCGGAUCCUCGGCUCGAGGGGGCAUUAAACUUCAGCCUAUGGAAACAAAAGGACCGUCGACGGAUCAGGAUCGGCAUCGGACCUGCGGCCCGGCCGCACUUUGGGCGUCGAGCUAGCGUCGCGAUGGCGCUGCGCUGCAGCUGCGACUCUCCGGAUGGCCCCAGACUCGCGGAAAUCUACCGGAAGGACAGCGACGUGGACCCAAAGUGCCCCAGCGGCGGCGGCAGGAACCGCAGGCGCGUCCGCAGCUCACUUUCCGUGCACAUCUUCGGGCUGCAGAGGCAGCCGAACCGCGUCGACGUCUCCGGCCCGGAAGAGCUGAGAAAAGCUCACGUGGAGAACACCGCGCGGCUGGAGAGGAUGGACAUCGCCCCCCACUGGGGGGAAGAGGAAAGAGAGAGGCGGAGAGCCGCCGGCGACGAAACUUCCGUCAGGAAGCUUCAGCGAAUCGACUCCCAAGAGGAGCUGGACUUCCGCGAGACCUCGAGCGGCUCCGACCUGUCUGCGGAAGACGGCGGAAGGGAAAGGACGCCGGGGGAAAACCUGCGCAGAGAGAGUUCGCUCAGCCCGGAGGACGCGACGACGAUCCGGCGGCACUUCGGGGUCCGGCCCGGGUCGUCGACUCCCGACCCCCAGAGAGGUCUCCUGCGUCAAAGGGGCUUCGCGGGGCGGCCGGGCAACUCCAAAGUCACGGUCCCAAGGCCUUUCCAGAUGAUGCUGCGAGAGGUCCGAAAGGGGCGCACCCGAUCUGAGUUGGAGCUGGAGAACGCGCUGCUCCGACGAGAGCUGGACGAGCUCAGGGAGUGCCAGAAAAAGUUUCGGGCCUCGCCGGCGCCGGCUCACGUCCGCCGGCCUCAGCGCGACGCCGCCGGGCGGCGGGCGCCGCCGCCCUUCCGCUUCCAAGAGAGCGAGCGGAAGAAGAGGGAGGCCGAGACGGCGGCGGACCCGGCCGGUGUCCGAGGAGAGGAAGACGGGCGGCGGCCCGUCUCGAGGUCCGCCUCAUUUGCCGUCAGUCAUUUUUAAUAAAUGACAAAAUGGUUUCAAACUGUUGAGAGAAAAAGGCAGAUUUUUCAAAAUAAAUAAUGUGAAUUUUUGGAAUGAAGUACCAUUUACAAAGAACAAAAUGCAAUAAAGUUGGACUGUAUAUAUUUAAAAACCAUUCAUUGAAAAAGAUGUAUUUUAGGUGAGGGGGAGGAGGGGAAAGCAGUCAGCCCACAAGAAUUGUUUGAAUUUCAUUUUGGAGAAAAAAAAAAAAAAACAGUAAUAAGUUGUAUUUUCCACAGAACAAAGUAUCAAUUUUCUGGCAUCUGAGAAAAAAGCAGGAGUAGGAUAAUAAAGUUGUAUUUUUUGAAGUAAAAAGAAGCAAGAUUAUCAGAAUGAUCUUUUGUUUUAAUACUAAGAAUAGAGUAGUAUUUUUAAUCAAUAAAAAGUAUUCUCAAUCCCCCGAGUUAUUCAAAAUACACUAUGGGAAUUUUUGGUAGGAAUAAAUUUUCAGAGAACAAAGCGCAAUUUUUUUUCCAAGGAAAACAAAAAGUAAUUCGACGAGAAUAAAAUCAUAUUUAAAAAGGAAGACGACAGCUGGUGAGCAAAAAAAAAAAUGGAUGAAUGGAUUGCUGCACUUUGUUCAUAAACUGUCACAGAAUCCUCAACACUGUUGCCAUUGGGCAAACCUCGUCAAUGAGGAAAUUUUAAGGGCGCGGCCAUUUUGAGAGUUUACGCGGUGCCGGAUGUGACGUCAACCCUUCCAGCCUAUCCCAGCCAGCUGUCGUCGGGGUUGAACGUGAACUGGUCCUCAGUGAAUCGCAGGGCACAUGCUAACGGACAACAAUUGCACUUCGGGGCAGUUUUUCAUGUGUCCAAUGAACGUUUUGGGUAUGUGGGAGGAAACUCGAGAGUCCCCGGAGGAAUCCCACGCAGGGACGGGGAGAACGUGCAAACUGCACACAGGGAGGUCCGGGAAUGAACCCGGGCUCAACAUUCAUGGCGGAUGACGAAAUGUCGCUUCAAGAUAGGCCACGCCGCUAUCGUAGGUCUAUUGGUGGUUUCACAUGAAGUCAGGCAGUCCGCUACCGGACACUGAUCGGUUCCCAUCGUAAUCCUAAUCGUUCCUUGGCACUCCAACAGCGACGACGACGAUCACAAAAACGGCCAACGGCGUUCUUUUUCUUGGGGAGUUAAAACGUUACGAUAUUAGCAAUCCGCUAUGUGAUUUUUUUUUUUUUUUUUCCGGCGCUAAGUCUGGAAUCUGUUACCGUCAUCCUAAAACAAAUACUGUAUAUGUUUAAAAAAAAAUACUACGAAAAUGACCGACUCAUAGUAGUUGUAAACUUUAACAGUGUCAAAGUAAAUCUUUGUAAUUUACUUAUGCAGUGAUCUCUCUUAACCUGUCAGACACGCUGAAUAAUCCUCUUGUGUGGGUCUACAUUAUUGACCGACGGAACAUCGAGUUAGAUUACGGGGUUCCGCGUGAUUGUUGGUUAAACUUUCGGUGUGAGCUUGUUAGCGUGUUAUCAAGCUAAUUGAGAUUAUAUUAACUCAUAAGGGGAAAUAUCAAUACAGAGACUUUUUGACAGAAUUGACCCCUCCGUGGAUAUUGCGCAAUUCGCGUCACUGACCAAUCAGAGGCCAGAGAUCUGCAUAAACCAAAGCCCGUUUUUGCUCCCGCCAUUUUCUCAGACAACGCUGCAUGGUCCAGUUUGAUUCGCGGCCAGAAGCUUAACCAGACUGUGUUUGCACGAAGAUAUGCCCUAUAUUUGAUUUUUAAUACACGUCUCGUAUAAAUGAAUGAGACGUUCUUCGCUAGCAUAACAUUGCUACGUGUGAAUGAUUGAAUGAAAUCAGAAGCAUGGCGUCUCUCUCAGUUAAGAAUGUAUUUAGAAUCUAUAAUAUAUCGUUGAUUUGAAUGAAAUCAGAAGCAAUAAAGAAUAAAGUUGACCCUAUUAUUUUUACUUGUUACAA